AUGGAUAACAUCAGUGAUACGAACAACAUAAUUGAUGCCAUCGAAUUAAAUGAUGAUAUUACAGGAGAUGUGAAUGCCUUGAUUGAUGUUGAAUUGAGUUCUUCCAUUGAUGUUGAAUCAAUUCCAGUUGGCACUAUUCGGGGUGCAACUGAAGAGAAUUCACCGAUUGGAGUUUAUGCUAGUUCUUGUAAUGCUAUGGAUGCUAGUUCUUCUAUUCCAGUUAAUCAGGACUUGUUGGGGAUUACAGUUGCUUCAAUUGAAGAAGCAUAUAAUUUAUAUAAUGAUUAUGCUUCAAGAUUGGGAUUUAGUGUUAGAAAGGGCAAGCAGUAUUACGUUCCCGGUACUCACAUUAUUAAAACAAAAAAAUUCCACUGUGCAAAGGCUGGUUUCAAGUCUAAUACAAAUAAGUCUUCAAGGUCAUAUUCAAGGGUAGACACACGAACAGGGUGUACUGCAGGUUGUCAGUUUGAUAUGGCGUCUAAUGGGCAGUUGAUUGUGACAAAACAUGUAAAGGAUCAUAACCAUGAGUUUUGCCCACCUUCGAAAAGUUAUCUUCUUCGGUCACACCGAAGUGUUGGUGCUAAUCAAUUGUCUUAUUUAAAAGACUUGAAAAGGAGUGGGGUUGCACUGUCGGAUGACAUCCGGUUUUUGAAGCAUCAAUCUGGAGGUUCACCUUUCGUUGGAUUUACACCAAGGGAUGCAUAUAAUAGCCUACUUAUAGAUUCGAUAAAGAGCCUAGAUGGCACCGAUUCGAAUUCAUUAAUUGAGAUCUUUAGGCAGAGGCAAUUAAAUGAACCUAACUUUUUCUUUGAUUUUGAAGUGGAUGGCAAUGCAAGAUUGUGUAGUUUUUUUUGGAGGGAUGCAAGAAUGAAGGAGGAUUUUGUGUUGUUUGGUGAUUUAGUAGUACAUGACACAACGUAUCGUACUAAUAAGUACGAUAUGAUUUGUGGUCCCUUUGUUGGCAUGAAUCACCAUUGUAUGAACAUAAUGUUUGGUUGUGGGUUUUUAUUGAAUGAAAGGAUUGAAUCAUUUGUUUGGUUGUUUAAGACAUUCUUGCGAGCUAUGGAUGGUAAGUGUCCACAAACAAUCAUGACCGAUCAGUGUUCUGCUAUGUCUGCUACAAUUUCACAAGUUUUCCCAAGUGCAAGACACAGACUUUGUAUUUGGCAUAUUGGAGAGAAUUCAAAAAAGCAUAUCAAAGGUUUAAGGAGUCAAAAAGGCUUUAUGGAGUUAUUUAAUCUUCUAUUGAAGUACACGGACACUGAAGCUGAGUUUGAAUUUUAUUGGAAUAGGAUGGUGACAGAGUAUAAGUGCCAUACAAAUGCUUGGUUAGACAAAUUGUAUGUUAUUAGGGAGAAGUGGUGUCCUGCUUUUAGUAAAGAUUACUUUUCUGGAGGUAUUUUAUCGUCCCAACGAAGUGAGACUACAAAUCAUUCAGUUUCAAGAAGGUUAUCUAAAACAUCUGGGUUGUGUGAUUUUUAUAACUCUUUUGUCAAUGUGGUUUCUGAGUGGAGGAGUAAAGAGAAUGGAGAAGAUGUCCGGUGUUCUCAAGGGUUGCCUACAAUGGCAUUGGAUCAUGUGAAGCUUCUUUUACAUGCUAGGAAUGUAUACACCAUAGAGGUAUAUUACUUGUUUGAACAACAAUAUUUGAAAGGAUAUGACAAUAUGUUGUACUUGCAAGUUUUUCUCAGAGAUGGGCAUCCUUUGUUCACAUUGCUUGCGUGGACAAAAAAGGUGGCUGAAGACAGGAUAAUGGAUAUUGCAUCAUCUUCUAGUACUUUUACCGUUGUUUCUCCAAUUUGGGUUAUAGAAAUGGGUAGAAAAUUGCAAAGGUUGGUUCUAUCAAGUCAAGACAAUUGCAAAGCUCGACAAGUCUAUGAAGAAAUUUUUGAAGAUGGUAGAAGAAGGAUUGAAGGUGAGCAAGUUGUUUCUGAUAUUGUUGGUAGUGGUUAUCUUGUUCAUCCUAGUGGCAAUACUAGUUCAGAGUUGAUUUGUGUUAGGUCUAAGUCUCAAAACAAUUCAAAUGAUAAUUAG